GGUGUUUGUUUCCCCCCAGAAAGAGCGCAGCGACGCAGGGAGAGGACAGCAGUUCGGCCGCUGUUGUCCGAAACCCUCGCGAACGUUCCUUCCUUUCUUCCUGCCUUGCGCUUGCUCUUGCUCGUGCUCCUGCUCCUUGAAGCACCAGAGGUGUCCGCGGCGGCCAUGGCUCUGUGCGGGGGUGUCGGAGCCGCGGCCUUACCCAGCGAGCUCAUCGUCCACAUAUUCUCGUUCCUGUCGGCGCGGGACAAGCUGCGGGCCUCGGCCGUGUGCUCGCGCUGGAGGGAGUGUCUCUUCUACCCGGCGCUGUGGACGGAGCUCAAGCUGCGGGUCGGCGGGGGCUCCGCGUGCGACGAGACGCCCAAGCUCGAGUUCCUCAUGCGGAAGUUCGGCUCCUUCGUGCGGGAGCUGCAGCUGGAGUUGGCCCCGGUGGACGGCUUCCUGCCGCUGCACGGCCACGGGGAGGCGGCGGGCACGGAGGCUUCGCAGAGCGGCGCCGGCGGGAGCUCCGAGCGCUGGAAGGACGCCAUGAAGACGUACCUGGAGCAGGCGCUGUGUGUGCUCCGCGGGCUGCGCCAUAACAGGAACCUUCGGAAGCUUAGGCUGUAUGGAGACACUUGUAUCCUGCAGGACGAGGGAGUGCUGGACACCUUUCAUCUCAAUCAGGUUGAUCAGGGUGGCAAGAAAAUCAAAGAAAUUCAGCAGCUGUUUGAGGAGAUCCUGGCCAACAGCAGGCAGUUGAAGUGGCUGUCUUCAGUCUUCAUGCUGGGCAUGGUGACCCCCAACUCCCUGGCAGCGAUGUCCAACAUGAGUGCCAGCUUCCUGGAGCACCUGAGCCUGCUGGACAACCAGGUGCCGCCUCUGGUGCCAGCUGUGGAGCUGGAGCGCUUGCUGCACCUGCGGUCCCUGGCGGUGGACUUCUGCGACUUCAGCGCCACCAUGUGCCGGCUGCUCUGUGGAAGAGAUCACGCACCCUUGCACCGUCUUUCUCUGCUGCUCAAUGGUGCCGCUCUACAUAGCAAGCCCCUGGAUGGCACGCCCUCUGAUGACGACUGGAAGGCCUUGGUGAGACAUAGUGCCAACCUGCGUGUCUACGUCAUGGCCCUGGACAUGGACAACCAAGACCUGCUGGCUGUGCUGAAGCCCAGCAUACCUCUGGAGAGGAUCCAUUUCGACAGUUAUUCCGCCCGCACCAGCGAGGCCACCGUGGAGCUCAUUUCGCUGCAGUACCACAAGACCCUAACCCACUUCAUCCUCAUGAGGGAUGAUGCCGGCUUCCCGGACCUCAGCGACAACCGCAACGAAGACCCGCUGGUGUUGCUGGCAUGGCGCUGUGUCCACCUGUCUGUGCUCGUUAUCCAUGGUUAUACGGUGUGGGCCCACAACCUCAUUGCCAUCUCCCGCCUGAGGGGCUCCAACUUGAAGGUGCUGGCAGUGUCCGAGGAGAGCAUCGACUUCGACCCCGACCAGGCAUUCUUCCUUGAGGAGGAUCCUGUGCAUAACCUUAUCAAGGAGGUGUCCCAGGGCCUGGGCCGUGUCUGGCACCCCAUGAUGGACACCAGCAUAGUCAUGAGCGAGCCCAUGCAGCACUUCUUUCAUGAAGUGCAGAGCUUCAGUGAGGGCAUAUAACUCCUCCUUCAGCCCACCUCCCUUGUUCCAACCCCUGACUCUGCCCUCGUGUGUAAAAGCUAUGCUGAAUGCUCCUUUACACAAUUAGCCCUGUCUCAUUUUAUAUAUACAUUUUUUUGUUUUCUGUAGUGUGAACUAACCCUUUAUGUGCUGUGUUUAAUCAGUAUUAGCGCUAUAUUUAUAUCUAUCUAUAUAUCUUGCUUCUGAAGAGUAUAGUUGGGUAUUGGUUUAGUAGCUAAUGAGUGAGUGCAGGAAGGGCUUUUUUCCAUGUCUGGCUUUUGAGAUGUAUGCUGCGUUUUUGUUUGUUGGCUUCUUAUAAGGGAGUGUAGAGUUGCAGAAAGCUAAGUCUAUCAGUUUAUCCGUCCCUGCCUUUUAAGAAAAUCAUUUAUACUCAUUUACCUUGUGAAGCCUGAGGCAUCCGGCCAAGGACGGAGCACUGAUGGAUACUAGUACAGCCCUUCAGCCCUCUGGUUAUUUUUUUUUUUUUUUUAUUUUGUUAUCG